AGAGCCGUCCAAAGUAGUGAUGUUGGACAGGCGGGCAGGAGCAGGCAGCGAUCGGUUUACGUUACGCCUUUAUGCCCAAUGCCUCAGCCAAUCACUUAUCGCGAGUAAAAAGGCGGGACUCAAAUCAACCAAUGGAUGCAACGAACGCCAAGCAUCUUACAGUACAGUAGCACAAGACAAGGGUUUCCAUCAAGACAAGAGGCACGAAAGUGAAUGAAGAAAUGAGAGCCAUGUCUCCUGAGGAUCCCUUCCAGGACUCUUUAGACGAUGAGCUAGAUGGCUUCUCAGAGCAUGGGAGAGGGAGCAGGAUACGCAGCAGCGUCUACACUAAAACCCCUGAGAUGGAGAGCAACUAGUGAGAUCUAUGGGCCACAGUUUUGUUUAGGGGAUAGUUAGCUCUCGAAAUCUCUAGGCGGCAUUCUGCCUUCUCCCUACAGUUCUCAGCCAUUAGCUUCGCCUACCACUGCCUUAUCUGAACUUCAAAUCAAACUUUAUUUGUCACAUUCUUAAUCCUGUAUUGACACUUUGCCUGUUUGAUGGUUCAUCUGAGGACCUAGCGGGAUUUCUUUUAAGCGUCCGGAUUCGUGUCCCGCUCCUUGAAAGCAGCAGUUCUACCCUUGAUGCGGAUGUUGCCUCUAAUCCAUGGCUUCUUGUUGGGAUAUGUACGUAUGGUCACUGUCGGGACGACGUCGGUGAUGUACUUAUUGAUGAAGCCGAUGACUGAGGUGGUAUACUCCUCAAUGCCAUUCGAUGAAUCCAGUAACAUAUUCCAGUCUGUGCUAGCAAAACAGUCCUGUAGCGUAGCAUCCGUGUCAUCUGAACAAUUUUUUUAUUGCCCGAGGCACUGGUGCUUCCUGCUUUAGUUUUUGCUUGUAAGCAGGAAUCAGGAGGAUAGAAUUAGGGUCAGAUUUGCCAAAUGGAGGGCGGUGGAGAGCUUUGUAUGCAUCUCUGUGUGUGGAGUAAAGGUGGUCUAGAGUUUUUUUACCUCUGGUUGCACAUGUGACAUGCUGGUGGAAAUGAUGUAAAACAGAUUUAAGUUUGCCUGCAUUAAAGUCCCCGGCCUCUAGGAACGCCGCUUCUGGAUGAUAAUUUUCUUGUUUGCUUAUGGCCUUAUAGAGUUGGUUGAGUGCUGUCUUAGUGCCAGUAUCGGUUUGUGGUGGUAAAUAGACGGCUACGAAUAAUAUAGAUGAGAACUCUCUUGGUAGAUAGUUUGGUCUACAGCUUAUCAUAAGGUACUCUACCUCAGGACGAGCAAUACCUCGAGACUUCUUUAAUAUUAGACAUCGCGCACCAGCUGUUAUUGACAAAUAUUCACACCCCCACCUAGGGUUGCUAACUUUCUCACUACCAAAUAAGGGACAAAAGGUGACAUGCCAGUGCACGGUGCCACGGUGGUAUGGGUAUGGUGUUGUGUGAAUGAAUAUACAGUGUAUAUUCAUAUUCUUAUUCAAUUGGAAAGGCAAAUAAUUUGUAUUGUAAUGAAACAGCAGAGAGCAGGUCUCGAACCCUCGACCUUCUAGCCCAAAGUCCAGCGCGCUAUCGACUGUGCCGCAAGAGCAUGCUCGUGCGGCAGGGUCGAUUUCCGCGCUUAUAAACCCAGGGUCGUUACACUAUAUUCAAUUUUGUCUAUAGCUUUACUUAAACUGUAUCAUUAUGUAAACUUAUGUGAAUAACCCUCAAAAUAAAUUAUCAAAGAAAUCACAAUUUGGACCUUUACAGCGAAAAAACAACCUUUCAAAUGCAAAAGAGGAAAUGAGGGGCAUGAGUCACUCACCAAGUCUACUUAUUUUUUGCUGCUCUUGACUGAUUCAAGCAGUCCUUUCUCCUUUUGCAUAGCCAGAGAGAAGUCAUUACAUGACAACUCACAGUUCACAGAUAUUGAAGUUCAUUUUUGAUCAGCUCUGUCACAGAGCCUCUGUGCUACAUCUGUUUCUUGAGUCUGACCAUUUAAUGGUCAUCAGACAGAAAAUCCUCUCUACAAAGGCAUUUGAGCCUGGCACACUGAGGACAAAUGAGACAAUCCUGAACAUGUUGAUCAAGUUGGCUUUCCCUUGGUUUUGGAAAACUGCCACCCACUUCUCACUGGCGGAUUUGUUGUAUCCUGUCUGGCUUUCUGUAUUUCCUCCCGGCUAGCACAAAACUCUUCAUAGAGUUGGUCCAUACUGACCGUCUCUGUAAUUUUGAGGACAACCACCACCUGCUCCAGGUCAGUGAAGGAGAGCUCCUCAUAGAGGCCGAUCAGUUUCACCAUUACAUUUUCUGGUGAGAAAUCAAACCACAUGUUUGAUGUAAUGACAGUAAUGACAGUGUCAUAGAUGUAAUGACAGUGUCAUAGAACUUCAAAGUCCUGUUGCUGCUUCGACCUUUGUGCUGACAAUUGUUUGUCCAUCAGCUGCUUGGUCAGGUAUCCAAAGAAACUGUCCUGUUUCAGCUGAAGCAUCUUCAUUUUGAACUUUUGGACUUCCUCGUAAACAUCUGUGAUGCAGAGCGUUGUUUCCUCCUGCUUUUGUACGAGUUGGUCAAAAACACACCCCACGUUGUGGAAAAAGCACAGAUAAAUCUCAGCAUCUUCUGCUUUUUCUUCAUACUCAAAAAUACUCUUCAGUGCCACAGGACAGGUCUCCCCAAGGGACAUGAAGUUUGAUGUAAGAGCUCGCCAGCUUCGCAGGAGACGAUCGACAGCUGGAUGAAGAGAGAGCCAUCGUGUGCAAACAUGUUGCAGAAUUUCACGCCACUCAAUGUCAACAAAGGCAAAAAAUGCAUGCAGUUCCUCUCUUCGGGAAGCAGAUACUGAUAAGUGGCUGUAGAUCUGUAAAACAAUUGUCUCAAUAUCCACUGACAGCUGAUUGCAGGCGUGCUUGCAGGCAUUAUGAGCUAUGUGAGCUGGGCAAUUAGCUUUCAGAAUGUGAUUGUUGGCACUGCUCAAUAACUGGUAAACGGAGAGGUGUUUUCCAGUUUUGUCCGUUUUUCCGCAGUAGACGUCACGAAGAAUGCACCGAUUUUGCUAGCACCUUUACCUAGCGUGGCCUUGUGCAUUUCUGUGGAUGCAUGCUGAGUUAGGUCAUUCUCCCCUCCAUGGCCAAUUGAGAAUCCCCGACGCAUAAAGUACAGAAAGCUUUUGUAGAGUCACCACUGACGGGCUUAACCCACGUCUUUUUUGCUUCACAUUGUUUGUUGUAGCUGCACAGUCUUUUCUUUUUUGCAGGUUUAUCCAUAUAUCCUUGAUAUGCCAAACCGACUGAACAAUAACAGAAAUUACUUUGCAGGAAUUGUUAUGGAGACUAUGGUGCAACCAUGGACAAAAGUCCCCUAUUGAAAACAUUGAUGGAUGCCGAAGCAGCGGCCAAUUCUGCAGCCAUACAGCUCAUGUCAUUCAAGGAAACACUGGAGGGCGAUUUUGCCGACUCAAGACACUGUGCUUCUGAUAACCGGCGGAUGUCAAGGCAGAGAGGCCUUCUGCUGGACAAGUUGGAGGUUUUUAAACGGAUGAACAAGUCUGUUCGACAGCAACUCCAACACCUGAAGGAUGCAGAGGCGUCUCGAAUGGAGACAAACAAACACAUCGAUCUCUUACUGAAGAAGCUUACACAGGCUGAGUGUAAUAAUCUGCAUUUGAAAGGAGAUUUGAAUGAUAAAGAACAAAUGGUAGAAGAACUGAUGGGUUUGCGGAAGAAAGAAAUGGAGAACACAGAGAAUGCGGUCCAUGCCACCAAGUCUGUGGAGACCACACGUGCUCACCUGCAGGGCCAGCUACGCAGCAGGGAGGCCGACAACAACCGUCUCACUGUGCAGCUCCGGGGUUUGGAGAGGCAGUUGACGGCACAGAAGCUGGAGAUAGAUGGUCUGAGGGGGGAGAUCUCUGUUUUUUUGGAGAAGGCAGCGCAGGAGAAAGAAGUCCUGAAGAAGGCCACCCGCUCCCAGAAACAGAGGGCCGAGAGGUUCGAAGUUGCUGUGGAUAAAUGCUACACGAAACUGAGGGAAAAAGAUGUUCAGCUGGUUGAGGUUCAUUCAGAGCGGGACACAUGGAGGAGACAUCAGGAGCAGAAGACAGAUGAGAGAAUACAGCUUGAUGCACAGAUAGGACUGCUAAAAGGCCAAAUAGCAGACAUUACUGUGAAGCUGCAGAAAGAGAGAGAUGAAUUCGCUGCUGCAAAUGAGGCCUUACUGCUAAAAGGGGAAAAACUCAAUGCUGAAAACAGAAACAUUGGCCUUGAGAACGCAACCCUCAAGGCGUCCACCGCUGGGCUGGAACUGCAGCUGGUCCAUUCUGAAGCAGCCCUGAAAGAGGAGAGCACUAUGUUACAGGAGAGGAAAGACCAAGCAGAACAGGAUCAGAGUCAGGUGGCAGAGCUUCAAAUGGAGGUGGAUGAUCUGAGAAUAAAGUUGGAGAGUGUUCUGAGGGAAACAGAGAACAUCAGAGAAGGAAGAGAAGCAGAGGUGGAGAAGGUGAGACUGGAACUGGAGGGGUGUGUAAGGAAGCUGGAAGAGUACCCAGAGUUACUGGGUGCCACAGAGCAGAGUCUUGCGGAGUGCCAGGACAACCUGAAGCGCUCCGAGAAGACAUGUGCAGACAAGGCAGAGGCCAUUAGACAACUGCAGGUCAAGGUGGAGAGCCAAGGGGAGAAGAUGAGAUCAUCAUUGGACAUGAAAGAGUCUAUCCUUGAGGCUAACUCACAGCUACAGCAGAAAGUGGAUGCUCUUCAAAAGCAGAUGGAAGAGCUGCAAGGGGAGAACCAGGGGCUGGUCCGUAGGCUGGCAGGUCAGGAGGACGCUUUACGCUAUAGCAGCAGGCACCUAGAACAGCGCUCAGCAGACUGCCAGGCUCUCAACAGAGAACUGGAGGCCGCUCUGGCCGACGUCAGGCAACAGGUGUCCAAUGUGAAAGACAAAGCUGUUUCCAGAGAAAGUUCCUUUCAGACUAAAAUCCUGGAACUAGAGGCUGAGAAGAGCAGGAGAGAGAAUGAGCUGAAACAGAUGAAACAAAGCAAUCAUUUGGCUGAGAAGAAGUUUGAGGUGCGUCUGAAGGACCUGCAGCUCAGCCUGGACCAAUCAGAGAGCCACAAGCAGAGCAUUCAGAACUACGUAGACUUCCUCAAGAACUCUUACGCCACCAUGUUUGAUGAAGGACUACCACCGGCAACGUCUAGCUUUGAAUCAUCCUACUUUUUAAAAUGAUAAUUACUCAGAUAUGUGUGUUUGUGGUGUGUUAUGUGUAACUUGUGUUGUUGUGGAAGUCAUAUACUUACAAUGUAUGAACCUUACUUACGAAUGUUUUUAAUAAUGUAUGUGUUUUGGAAAACGAAUGAAUUUGCACAUUGAUUCAUGUUCGAUAAAGAAGUCCAUGUUUAUUUUUA